UAUUGUUUUGCGCCGCGGCUGCUCCAGCGCGGUACCUACCUCUUGAGAAGCUGCGCGGCUGUGCUGACUUUUAAGCUUGUGGAUGCGUGACCUGGUGACGUCUUUUCCGACUGAGUUCACGCAGACGAUGAAUUUGGACAGGUUUUCCGCACAAUCUGCGCAGAUUUAGUAAAGUCUGCGUAUCGUGAACGCAGCCAGACUUUGUCGCAGUUUUCCUCAGGCCUGUAAGUGAAAAGAACGCGCACAUCGCCAUGACAACCGCGCCAGAGUGUGGGUUUGCCGGGAACGUGAACAUUUUUUUUAAAACCUCACAAAUAAAAUGUAGUUAAAGUUGGCGCAGAGUGGAAGAAAAAAGAUGCAACGUGAAGCAAACGUGAAAUUGAAGGAGGUGAUCUCCUCCCUGUGUAAACUACUGGCCGGACUGGGAGUCGAAGCGCCUAGUCCAGAAACCUUCAGGCGGGGCAAAUUCAACAGGAGAGACGGGACCGCUGAUUUGUGGAAGUUGUUGUACAGUCUUCUAAAGCCCCUGCAUCAAGACUGUCCCUGUGCUUCAAACAAAGCUAAUCUUGCAUUGCAGGUUGAUUUUGUGAAGUCGGUGCUUUUGCACUAUGGCUAUGGAGUCCGGGAGUUGUAUCAGCUCCCAGCUGAUGGAUCGGAGGGGAGUCGAGAGCUCCUGCUAGCCCUCUCCUGGCUCUUUCACAGGAUUAACCUUCUGGAACAGCUGCUGAAUAAAACACGACUCAGUCUAGGGGAUGAGACAACACUCUGUGUGGGAGGCACUCCUCUGGUCGAGGGCAGUCUCGGACUCUCGGCAGUGCAGGGAGGAGGUGUGGGUGGUGCCAGGUACCUGGAGUGGCUGCAGGGACAACUGCGUUUCCACUGGAGGGCGCUCCACGCAGCUCAGGAAGAGAAGGCUGCACUGCUAUACAAGAUUCAUACCUAUACCAAAGGAUGUCACAGCAACCCCUCAAUCAGCCAUCUUUCUGUAGCAGAAACCAGUUUGAUCAAAUCCCCUCGGCAGCAGAGCAGGAUGCUGAUGCUACUGGAGUGUGAAAUCACGCUACUGGAGAGCUAUCUGGAAUGGAAGCGACUGGAGCCAUUGUACUGGCAUUGGAUGGAAAGUGUAUUAGAUGCCAGACUUGCAGAUGAUUCUCAGGAAGUUCUCAUUGCAAAUACUAUUGCCAUGGCAUCAGGGUUCAAGAGGAAAGACAAGGACAGUUGUCAAAGAAACCAAUCAAUGAAGAGAGAAAUGGACCGGCUCAGCAAGGAGCUGUUACAGUUAAAGUGGGGGCUACAGGGAGAGGCGUCUGCCAAGAGAGCCUCCUGGUGCAAACGGGUAGAACACAAAGAGCAGGAUAUACCCCUGGACCCUCAGGAGUUUGGUGCCAUCGCCUUGAAACUCCACGACAGAGUGGGGCAGAAACUGUCUGCUCUGAGGUGCAACAACGUCAAGCCAGCAACCAACACCGCUUACAGGCUGCUUCUCCGAGAAACAACAAAACAAAAGACCCUCCCUGUGCAUGCAGGAGAGACCGAGGCUUCACAGGUGAUCAAUGAGCUGAAGGAAAUGGAGUCUGAUUUACUGUCUGAACUGACAAAACUACGAAGCGACUGCAAAGACGAGAUGCUGGAAAUGAUGGCAGGGGUAGAUGGAAUGAUUUUUAUACCUCCCUUGAAGAGAUGAUGCUGGGGGUGGAUAAUGAAGAGCAGUAAGUAUAUGGAGAUAUGGGAGUGUUGCUAUAGAGAGACUGCCUGAUAAAAGAUGCAUUUUACACCCUUGUUCACCUACUCUGCAGACAGGCCAUGAAAGAAAACAGCAGUCCAUCCCUUCACAUACUGACCAGCUAUGCCUGGGCUGUUUAGUUUGUUUGAUUUUGUGAUUAUGAAUGUAAAUGCAAUACAUUUUAUAUAAAUUAUAAAUAGUUUUUACUUGUGUACAAUGAUAACAUAUUUGUAUUAAUCCUGCAUAUCUUGACACUGACCGAUGCCUCCAUGUACCCAGAGUCUACUACUCUCAAUAACAAUAAGUUUAAUCAAAACUGAUUAAGUAGUUUUCUAGAUCUAUUAAUAUAGUGUGACAGACAGACAGGGUGCCUCCAUAUAACCCAAUACAUGGUUGUAUAUGCAGCAAAACGAGCCCCUUCUGUGGUCGUUUGGAUGUGUUUCAUUGUGAACAAUAUUUGGGUAAUCACUGCCCCAGAUGCAAAGUCAUUGUUAGAACAAAGAGAUGUACCCAGCUCAUGCUAAACAUCCUCAUUCCUGCUGGUUUGAGGUUAACUCAUAAUAUAUGUAACUGUGGUUGCAUGCAGUUAGCAGUUUGAAGACUGUUCUGUAUGUAUGCAUUUGAUCUUCAGGUUAUCGUUAGUUAUUCUGCUCCACGUAGUUUUUCAGAGGAAAUCGCCUCUAACCAGCCGCCUCUUUUUUUUGCUUCUGUUACUUCAGAUUGUUCCAUUAUCAAUGUGUACUUCAUCCCCUGUUGCUCAGAAGCAUCCCCAGGCUUGGAGCUGAACAGCAUGCAUUGUUGAAAUAAGCCUACCUUACUGCUGGAUUCAUCAGAAUACAUACUGAGUUGGUUUUGUGUUUCCUCACGAAGUGAUUAUUUUUCCUAUAUGUAUUAUUUCACAUUUUUUUCAAUGCAAAAUUCAAUACUAUUUUAAAAAAUACCAAGAUAUGGGGUCCUGUUCUACCUUGAAAUAGAAAAUAACACUUUUCGAAAAAAACAAAAAGGACGGUACAAAAAACCUACAACUGUUUGUUCAUCCAAAGCAAAUGUCCCCACAGAUUCCUGUAUCCUCCAGUGAUGUUGCACUCAGUUCAAUAGUUAUCAUUAAUGUUAUUCAGCAUGACUUAUUGGGAGUAUCUGCCUUUAUGUGAAGCUUACAGUAUAUUUUUUUAAUGUAUUUUGAGAACAUUACUGAAAUUGGUUAUUAAAAAUACUUUACUAUGAACAGAACAUCUCAUUUGCUUACUUAAUGUAGGCUUGAAAUGCCACAUGUCCAUUUAAAGUUCAAUUAUUCAUUGCCAUUUCUUUUUCUAUACUAUUCUGUAGCUGCUGUUGACAUACGUCAUGACAUCCCCUUUAUCAUACUGAUCGUUCUGACAUAAGUCAUGACAUCCCCUUUAUCAUCAUACUGAUCAUUGUGACAUAUGUCAUGACAUCCCCUUUAUCGUCAUACUGAUCAUUGUGACAUACAUCAUGGCAUCCCCUUUAUCAUCAUACUGAUCAUUCUGACAUACAUCAUGACAUCCCCUUUAUCAUACUGAUCAUUCUGACAUCCCCUUUAUCAUCAUACUGAUCCCCUUUAUCAUCAUACUGAUCAUUCUAAUUUAGAAUUUAUAGCCGCGGUAGGGAAUAGAUCUUACUGACAAACUUGAUUAAAUUGCAUUUAUUAUUUCAAAUGUUUAUGGUAUUCAACCACACUUAACAGCUUCAUAUAAUAUUUCUGAAAUAGAGCGCCUUUCUUUUGCAGAAAUACAUUGAGCUACACGACCAUCAAUUUACAUGUCGACAGGCAGAUGUAAAUUAUGACAGAUGAAAGCACUAGAAGUUGCAAAUUGCAGUCUGUGCUGACUUUGUGAGUUGUGUGACUUUUUUUUUUUUUUUUUUAAAUGUAAUUUCAUACUGCUUUUAGGAAUAAUACAAUAUAUUUGACCUAAAUAAAGAAAAAUGAUGAGUUGUAGUCCAGGCACAACUACAAAAACAUUUAAAUAUGAAUGGCAAGAAGGAAACUGCAGUGAUCACUGCUGUGGCCCGUUACUCUCAGCUUCAGCACGGUACAAUUCAACACUACUUUUUGUUCAUUUCCUGCACAUGAAGAGACGAGAAAUUCAGCUGAAAAAUAUUCCAAGAGAUAAAUUCACGAUCGUCAAACAUAAAUAAUUAAAUUAUGUAUAGCACAUUAGUGCUUAAACAGUUUUGUGAAGUAAAACAAAAUGGUUUAUUAUUGCGUAUUAUUAGAUGUAUCAGUAUAUAUACUUAUGAUAAUGCAACAAACUGGAACUGAACUUCACACCCUACUCUUAAACUGUGCAGCUUCUCAUUCUUCAGUGAUUUAAAACAGCUGGUUUCUCCUGUCAUCUUGUCUUUAUCUGACACUACAAGCACAUAGCAGAACAAAUUAUUGGAUUAGUUUGUAGAGUGCUUUUAUAAACUGACUAUGCACUAAUGUAAUGAUAAUGACACACAAAUAGUAUAUGCUAACUGAAAUAGUUUAGUAGAGCAAUGCUGAAACUAAUUACAAGUUUUUAAAGAGAUUGCUGUCUCACCCUCACAAUAAGUUAACGUCUAUAUAUGUUUGAUAUUGCAACUGUUUUAUUAUAUUUCUUUGUUUUGGAAGACUUUGACAUUAUCGAUAUCGAUAUACAACUUUCAUAUCGGCCACCCCUACAUAUACUGUUCUCUAAUUAUCAGUGUAGACACAAAUUAGUGCAUGCUCAUGUUUAUGUUAACAGAUCGAAUUUUACUUAAAUAAUAAAUAAAUAAAGAAAUAAAUCGACUUAAAUGUAAUAACCCCUUCAUAGUCACAGAGGUAGCUGGGCAUAACACUUAAAUCCCUUCACCAGCUUGCUUUUUGGCGCUACACGAUGACUUUACCAUCCUGUGGAGUCAUUUAUUGUUAACGCGGGUUGGUUUUAAAGGCACCACGUGUGAAAUAGGUCCAUUGUAAUGCUUUUGCAUAAAACAACUUGCAAGGCAAACAACAAACAACACAGAACGGAAAUUGCUAUACCGGUAUAGCUUAAUGUGGAAGUACGACGUGCCAGUUAGGUGUCAAACACUAUUUGCAUGCUGCAUUAAGCAACAUUUUGCAUUAUUGUGAGAAAUGUGCAUGCAUCAGCGAUUCAUUACUUACGCAAUUAUUAAUGUAUUUUUUUUUUAAUGUGAACUUUUGGUAUUAUAAAUGAGAUGUACUUCUAAAACAUCAAAACACAUCUCAAAAUAAUGCAAAAUUCGGCGUGACACUGUACUUCAUGCUUUAGAGGUGUCGUGAGUCAGCAUUCACACGCAGAGCAGCUGAAGAUUCAGUUUCUUCCGGAUUGGCUAGAAAGUCUGUGUGCAGUGAGGUAUAGAAAUAUUUGGGUUUUGAGGUGGCUGAUGAUAGAAUAGUAAAGCAAUUUAACAAGGCCUUGUUUUUCUCCAUGGAUAUUGUGAAGCAAAGCACCACUAAGUUAAAGUAAGUUAUUGCUUUUCAUAUUAUUAGUGUUUGUUAUUCACUGGUGAUAGAGCCGUGGUUUAUUAUGUAUCGUGCAUGCUGUUGAUCAAGUGUGUUUGAUAUGACGGUGUAUUGCUGUAUUUAGAUUAGGGUGCUUCCCUUAAUGAAGUUGAUGUAGCUAUACAUGUGGAACAAAGGUUUUGUUCUAGCUACAUGUUCGGUAAUCUUCCAAUAGAAGGGGUAACGCUAAUGUUCAGUCUUUACUGGUAAUGGUUAAGGACAAAAUAAUAAUAAUGAUAAUAAUGAGUAAGCAAUAUAAUAGUUUAACGAUCGUGUUGUAAACAAAGACGGUAUUCAUGCAGGUUAAACAGAUAAAAUAUAGGAAUGUUUUUAUGUAAAAGUAUGAAUGUUAAAUAAGAGUUUAUUUUUGAAUAAAAUCAUUCCAGGUGAAAAUGUUUAUUGAAUAAUUAAAUCAGGGCUGGGGAUUGUCAAAUGUUGUGUCUUUCCUUAGGGAGGUUUAUUAGGUCAGCCGUGAUCUUGUCUGCGUAAAUAUCAGUCAUUGAAGGUACAACCUGCUAGUCAGUUGUAAUUUGUGUGCAGUACCCAGUGCCAAAAUAAACAUUUAUACAUGUGAACGCUACCAAGUGACUAUUUCCUGCGUUGUAAAGA